AAAUGUCAAAAUUGUAAUGGAGAAAUAUCAGAAUUGUAGUAGAGGAAUGUUAGAAUUGAUGGUAAAGGAAUGUCAGAAUUGUAGUGGAGAAAUGUUGGAAUUGAUAGUAAAGGAAUAUUAG